AUGAAUGUGUGUAUUUUUGAGAAUGACGGAGGACAAUGGAAGGAAGUGUAUGCUGGAAUGAUUUUGAUGAUUCACAAAGGAAGUAUUUUUAUUGAGGAGAUGAGCAGUAACGAAGGAAUGUGGGUGGAACUGUUUGGAAAGACAUACAGGAAGUCUGAGGAGAAUAUAAUCCAUAUAUUUAAUGAAGAUGAUGAGCAUGCGCUGUGCUUUGAAACAGAGAAGAUUAGGAACGAAUUCUACGAGUUUUUGAAUAGAAUAGAUGUGAAUGCAGAAGAUGAGCAGUCUGGCAUAUGCGGUGAUGAAGAAGGCAGUAAAGAAAACAUGGAUGACAAACUAAAUGCACAUGGCAAUAACUGGUUUGAUGAAUUGAAGAGAGCAAGCAUGUACAUGGAAAGCGAGAUUUUUAAGCAAACAAUACGUAACAAGCAGGGAAUUAUUGAGCUUGUGGAGUACAGUAGUUUGUAUCUAUUCAGAAUGCUAAUUGAGCAUGGAAAAGAUGUUUUUGAGACGUUUGGAGCACCACAAUGUAGUAGCAUAUCGCCUUAUUUAUUCUACAAAACAAUUAUAGCAGGUAAUUUUUGUGAGGAGUUGGCAAGAGAGUAUGAAAGUUUUGUGCACAUACUUGAUAAGAAAGAAAUAGCAUCCAGGAAUCCAAAGAUUGCAGAUAUGCCUCUUUCUGAUGUUGUAGAGUUGCUAAAGGCAUGCUGCACCAGGAGAUGUAAGGUUGGAAGCUUGGAAGUAUAUCUAAAUAGGAUGUAUAUGGAGAAAGGUAGCACAUCCGAAAUGUUUUAUUACAUCUGUUAUCUAUUCAGGAGCCAAGCAGCAGAAAAGAUUGAUUUCACAUAUGUUUUCCAGAGUAUUAAUGCACUGAUAGAGUUGGAUCCGCAUGGAGAUCCGCUGCUGUAUAUUUUUGAAGGUCUUUAUAUUAUUCUUGAGUUGUGCUCUGCUGAGAGAUUGGAUGUGUUUUUCAUAGAAAGCUCGGAGAUGUUUAAAAACACUGAUCUUGUGCAUUAUGAAGAGAUACAGAAAUUCAUGCUGUAUUUGUUUUCAAGAUAUGGAUUUAGAGCCAGGGAGUUGUUUAUAAGCACCGGCAGUCUUAAGAAAGUGUUUUCACUCAGUUUUCUGGAUACUCAUAAUAGAAUAUUUAUUUGCAAGAUGCUAAAUCAAGUUGUAUCAAGCAAUAAAAUAAUGCAUGCAUACUUCAUCAAAAAUGAUUUACUGAGGAAUGCAUCGCUAACGACUGCAAAUGUUUCAAAUGAUGCCGCACACUCAAUAUUAAGGAAUGCACUUUCCAAGGCAAGCAGCGAGCUGAAGCAGUAUUUUGAUGAAUGCAUAAUGCACAAAAUUGGUGUAUAA